AUGCUGAAGCAGGUUGUGAGCCAAUCAGGUAAGCUUUCUUCAGAACGUUUAUUCCGUUACACUAUAAAUAGUGGAGAAAUUCUUCGUCUUGUUCGUGAAAAUACUUUGGUCGCAAUGAGUCGCAAACAAAUAGUUAAUCUUGCAGCUCUACUGGCAGUCCAAAUGAUCGUGGCCGCACAGGUC